CCCGAGGUGAACGGACGUAUUUUUUCUGGAUAACAUACUAGUUGGUGCGCGCUUCCUGAAGAUUGUUGGUGGUUUCCGCUGUUCCAACAACGCAAAAAGGGCGCAAUACACACUGUUGGCAACUAAAAAACGCUAAGUAGCUAUUAGUGUUUGUCAGUCCAAAUGGAUAGUAUUAUUUGCUUUAAUAUUGUGUUGUGAAUAGUAUGUGUAAGGAAGUGGAAAAACUGCUAGGGCAUCUGUCCAUCUAAUCGUUUAUGAAUAAAAGAUACAGUGAAAACGCUCUGAAGAGUUCAUUGAUUCUGGUACAUAUCGCUGGAUACGUUAAACGCGAUACUUCCGACGGAUCCCUGCUGCAGUUGCUGACGACUCAAAGACGAAUGGAUAGUUUUUCAAUGAGACAUGCUUUUACAAUUCGAAAUUCAUUGCCAAGAACCCUGAAACAAGCAACGAAAAACUUUUGGCCAUCCAGCGUGAUUGCAGUACCACUCAAACACAAAUAACUUCUGUGAAAGUACCGUUCAAGGAUAGGACAUUCAGCACAUACAAGCCGUGUAACUGUUAUUAUUGUAUACAUAGGCAUAGGAAAAGUGAACUACUCUAGAUGGAUUACAUAAAGGAGCUGGAUAUUCGACUCGACAAGGAACACUACUACGCAGGUGAAGUACUGUCGGGAAAGGUGAUUAUCCACACAACCGAGAGCUUCAAGCUGAAAUCUAUUCGCCUCCUGCUACGGGGAAAAGCCCACGUGGAGUGGAAAGUGUUCGUGUCGGGAGAUAAACGUACGGUGAAGGACGACCAACUGUACAUCGAUGAGCGGGCGGUGAUCUGGGGUGAACGGCCCAACGAAGGAUUAGAUGUGACUGUGCCGGUACUCAUACGUGGUCAACACCAGUUUCCGUUCCGUUUUAACAUCCCAGAAACGAACCUUCCCUGCAGCUUUGAGUCACGUGCCUGUUAUAUACGAUAUUUUGUUAAGGUUACCAUCGAUAUCCCGUAUGCUUCGCCACCGCAAGGAAUAAAGUAUUUUACCAUCGUGGGACCACAUAUCGACUGUAUGGACGAGCAAUAUCUGAAACCAAUCUCAGCUCAGGAUAAAAAAGUACGAUGCUGUUUCUGCUGUGCCAAAGGACCCGUCACACUGAGUUGCUGUCUAGAUCGGACGGCAUUCUGCUGUGGUGAGACACUAAAACUCAAAACCGUCAUCGACAACCAGGGGGAAGAAAGUGUGAAGCUGAAAGCACGCCUGAUGCAGUUUUGUGAGUUUUUCAUUGAACGAGGCGUACUCGGCGUAACGAAAGAGGUUCAACAUUUGGUGCUUGAGUACAAGGGUGAACUGCUAAUACCAAAGGACCAUCAGGACACCUGUGCCAGUUUAAGGAUACCAACGGUGCCUACGAGCCUAAUGGGCGUUAGUCGGUUGGUGCAGAUUUACUACACCCUUAUGAUAUGCUUGGAAUUUGAAAAUUCAGGAGAUGACCUACACAUCAAUUUCCCUAUCACCAUCGGUACGGUACCAUUUCGAAUACCAAACAGUAACUUGCAGCCCCACAUUGGAUACGAAGUUGCCAUCGAUCACGUUGAAGGAGGCAUCUACAUUGGACCGGAAUUUCUCUUGGGCGAGGUGUACGAUGGUUGCAAUGUUAGCGACAAUGAAUAUCGUGACCUUGCACCGCUGUACCGCCCGGUGUAUUUGACAGUGAUCCGAAGUUCCCAGCAAAUAUCAGCUCGAGCAGUAGGGCGAACAAACCGCAAAAAAUCCUCCUGUGACAUAGAAAUCGCUGAAAUACACAGGAAAUCAUUGAGCUCACAUGGAUAAAAGCGCAAAUGUCACUAACAGCAAAUAGACAGUUUCCUCCCACCCCUGUGUCAUCCCAUUCAUCUCCAUCACAUAAAUCAAACAGCAACGACAUGAGCAAUAAACAGGUGAAACGUGUUCAACAACUCAAUGAGAAUAGUUUCAAAUAUCCCAAACACAGUGAUUCAUACUUGAAGGAAAAAAAUUAAAAAAAAAAAUAAAUCCUAAAGAGCUUUAAAUAACGUGCCAAAGUAAUUUCCCUUGACGUCGAUAUGAUACCUUUUGAAGAAGUAAUUUUGUGCUGACAGGAAUAUGUUUGACAAAACCUACGCGCAAGAUAGAGAAAGAAAAGCUUUUUCAUCGUAGUAUAUAAUAUGGCAUAGAAAAAUCACAAAAGCUACGAAGGCACAAAUAAAUUAUGUUGGAAAAUUACUUCUCCAUCCAACCAUCUAUUCAUCAAAUAUUGCAUCACUAUUAGUUCGACUUAGCAAGUUAAGUUUUCCAGUAUAUGAUUUAUUAAAUAAGGACCAGUAAAUUUGAUUGAUUAUUAAACCUGAAUUAAUAAA